AACUACCAAUGGGGACGAAGCAGUGAAACGUUUCAAAACAACUGCAAGCCGACAAGCUUUAAACAUCAACGAACUUCACAUGUGAAUUUUUACAAGCUUUUCUACACUUUUCUACAAGCAAUUUUACAAGUUUUAAGGAGGGACUCAUCAUCACACACAUACACAAAUAACCCGAGACAUUUCUGUUAAUUAAUAAUGAAAGUUGUGAGUGAGAACAUUGCGAUGGCUCCCUUGAAGCCCCUAAGCAGAGCCGUCACAGGCGCCAUCCGUACAAACCAAAAAGCCUCAGUUUCCACCCGAAGCCGGUCAUCAGUCCUGACAAACGCCCAAAUCCGCCCAAAACGAAAAGCCGACUUUUCCCCCGUCAAAGAAAAUGUUAAACGAUCAGCAAUGGGUGACAUCACCAACAACAAAAAGUUCGAUGAUAAAAAGAAAGCCACUUUAAAACAGCCCGCGAAGAAGACGAUCGUUCAAGUCAAAACACUGCCCUCGGUGAGAACCGUGCUCAAGCCCAAGCAGAACGAGAAUGUUCUGCCCCCGCAAGCCCCCUGUCUCAACGGGGUGGUGACUAGGGCUGCUGUGAAAAACGUGACGACUGGCCAGACGGCAGUCAAACCCAAAGAAGCGCUCAAAGAGAUCUCUAAUCCUCGCAUCAAGACAAGACUGAGCAACGAGUUUGAAAAGACUGAAGAAUCUCUCUAUUCGUCAGCGUUGGAGGAACUCAAUGAUUCCGUUAGUUCCAGCGGAGCCAAAGCGAAAACGCCCCCCAGUGAUGAGAAAUCCCCGAACCUAUCUGUGGUGUCCAUCGUGGCCCAGCAGCUCCAGAACAAACUCAAUCUGGGCAUUCAUGAAGUUCCCGAGGGAGUGCCCGACUUUGAUAAGGAGAACUGGGACGACGUGCACCAGGUGUCCCACUACGCCAUGGACAUUUUCAAUUACAUGAAGAGUCGAGAGCCGCAGUUUGAAAUCGCCGACUACAUGGACAGACAAGUCUGUCUCACGAGCUGGAUGCGGUCGCUUCUGGUGGACUGGAUGGUUGAAGUGCAAGAAAGUUUCGAACUGAACCACGAGACGCUUUACUUAGGAGUAAAAUUAGUGGAUUUUUACUUAAGUCGGAUGACUGUCGGCAAAGAGACCUUGCAAUUAGUGGGCGCAGCUUCCAUGUUCAUAGCUAGUAAAUACGACGAAAGAAUUCCGCCGGCCAUCAACGACUUUUUGUACAUUUGUGAUGGGGCAUACACGUGCCGGGAGCUCGUCCGAAUGGAAAUAAAUAUUUUAAAAGUCUGUGAUUUUAAUCUGGGCAUUCCAAUCAGCUACAGAUUUCUCAGGAGAUACGCUAGAUGUGCCAAAAUCACAAUGCCUGUGCUCACCCUCGCAAGAUUUAUUUUAGAAUAUUCGCUGAUGGAUUAUGCCACUGUUACUGUACGCGACUCAAAAUUGGCCUCAGCGUCACUGUAUCUGGCGCUCAAGAUGAAGAAAAUUAGUGGGUGGACGACCGCCUUAGAGUUUUAUUCAGGCUACAAACUUGAAGAUUUUAAAGAAGUUGUGAUUUUACUAAACGACGGGUUACACAAAAAGCCGAAAAGUCCGCUAAUGACUGUAAGAAAUAAGUAUUCCCAUAAGAUAUUCUUUGAAGUAGCCAAGAUUCCACUAAUAAGUAACGAAGAAUUGUUUGUUUAGGCCAAUUGAUGGGUAAAUGUCUGUAGUUUUUGACGCUUUACUUGUUCGUAAAGUGAGUUUUUAUAUCUGAUUAUUCGCAUUAUUUAAGUCCAGGUCUGUCUAGAUGUAUUUAUUGUUUUAAAAUUAUAUUAAUUUUUAUCGUG